UCGGCUCAGUACACAUUGGGGCUGACGCUCGAACAUCGCCUGCCAGGCAUUGACACCGACGGACUCGGACAAGCAACCGGAUUGUGGCAAUUGAUAGCGCACAUUUCACCUGGAGUCAUCCAACCACGCGUUUCGCCGCAUAGCGCCUGUCGCAGUUCCUCAAAUAUUCUGACGUGGCAGGGGAUACACUAUACUACCUCCCUCCGUCUAAUGGCAUCGACUAUCACGGCGUCGCAAGUCGUCGCCAACCACUGUAUCAAUGCGGCUAUCACCCUGUAUUUCUAUGAGCGUGUUCUGACCAUUGGCCAGGAGAUUGGUCUAGUUUGGAGGCGUGCAUCCAGGAGCCUCUUCAUGCUCGCUCUUUACGGCAGUAUGCACGUUUUCACGAUGGUCUAUCUCCUACUGGAGAUCGUUCUGUGGAGCAUAUCGGUGUUACGUGUAUAUGCGAUCAAUGGGCGGAAUAAGUGGACACCGUUGGCCACCAUGGCCUUGUCACUUGUUCCUGUAGCAACAAACAUUGUUUCAUCAGCCGACACAACCAUGUCAACCACCACAUAUCUCCGGUACACCGUCACCCGUGUCUGCGUCAUAGCUGCGGACUCCCUCGUCUUAUUGGAAACAUGGCGCAAUACAUAUGACCUGAACAAACUGGCGCGUGGCCUCACCAUGAAGCCCUCUAUCACGUGCUACCUGAUUAAUGCUGUUUAUUACAGUGUGCUGCUUACUGUGAACAUCGUCGCCACAGUGGCGUGUGCGAUCAACCCCGUGUUGGAGAUCGCUAAUUUCUGUUUCGUGUUCAAUACCAUACUCCUCUCUCGGUUCUUCUUGAAUCUCCGAGAAGCCUCCUUCCUACCUGAACCCGGCUCCACCUUGUCUACACUCUCUCAGACUGGUCUCCACGUCGCCGAUGCAUUACGGGUGCUAGGAGGAUCCCUUACUGACCAUAUGGCCUCUUCGGAAGACGUACUGGACCACACUGGCGAGUCGAUGCGUGACGUAGACGAGGAGGGAGAGUAUCCGGAGGAGAUAACAGAACGGCCAGCCCAUUUGUCGAGCCUCGAUCAGCAGGAUUCCAUUGACACAGCUGUCACAGCAACGGACCUCCCGAUAUCCAGAGAAACCAAACUCCAUUGGUGUACGCUUAUGCAUGCCGAACUAUAAUCUUGUCGACGGUAAUCAUCGGGACAUGCACGUAUAACCGGGCGACAUAUAGUAGUAGUGCGCUAAUCUCGCAUGAUAUCAUGAGUGUACAUUAUGAUUGCCCGAUAACUUAGUCCGAGGCGUUUCGCUCGACGCGCUUGCGCCACAUGAUCGUGUCGCGCACCUUCAAGUUCUGCCACUGGCACUCAUGUCCUCACUAGC